AUGAUUUUCAUCGUGGAACAACUCAUGCUCUUCAUUUCUACUGCCCUCAGUUACCUUUCUACACUUUUCUCCCCUCAUCCUCGCCAAUGCCAUGACCUUACUCUCAUCAUCCACCAGACCAACGCCCCACCCAACCAGGUCUACGAAGCUGCCCAAAUCUACCUCCCCACCAUUGACUUGAUCAAUCCCUCCACCCGAACCAUCCAAGUCAGCAAAACGCCUCGCCAAGAAACAGUCAAGGUUGCCAUCAACAGCGGUGAGCAGAUCGCCGACACCUUUGAGGACAUUAACCUCAACUGGCUCUACGUGGUCCAAACAUUCCCGAGCGGCCAGGUAACACGUCGCUUCGAGCUAAACUUCCACAAGAAACACAAAGACAAAGUCCUGACCUCCUACUUGCGCCAUGUGGUUACUCGGGCUGAAGCCAUUAAAAAAGAGGAAAAGAUUCUCAAACUUCGCAGCGUUAACUCACCAUCACGAGUGGAUCUGGAGCACCCAGCCACGUUCGAGACGAUCGCCAUGGAGCCCGACCUGAAGACAAAGAUUGUCAAGGACUUGGACAGAUUUGUGAGGAGGAGGGAGUUUUAUAAGAAGGUGGGGAAGGCCUGGAAAAGAGGCUACUUGUUGUAUGGUCCUCCUGGCACUGGCAAGUCGAGCUUGAUUGCAGCCAUGGCUAAUCAUCUCAAGUUUGACGUGUAUGAAUUGGAGCUCGACGGUAUUUGCAGUGACUCUCAGUUGAAGAGAGUGUUGCUGUCCACUAAGAAUCGUUCUAUUUUGGUGAUUGAGGAUAUUGAUUGCACCGUCCGUGACAUGCAAAACCGGAAAUCGGAGCAGCCCACGUUCACACUGUCAGGCCUACUAAACUUCAUGGAUGGUUUGUGGUCAAGUUGCGGAGAUGAGAGAAUUAUUGUGUUCACAACAAACCACAAGGAUCGGCUUGACCCUGCAUUGUUGCGUCCUGGCAGAAUAGAUGUCCACAUUUACAUGGGUUAUUGCACCCCAAGUGGGUUUAAGGUUUUGGCCUCCAACUACCUUGGCAUUCCUGACUUGGACGGUCAUAGCCUUUACGGAGAAAUCGUAGGCUUGCUAGAGAGCACAAAGGUUACUCCUGCUGAGAUUUGUGAGGAACUACUGAAGACAAAUGAUGAGGAUGAUGAUGAAGAUGCUGAUGCUCUUCUCGAAAGACUUGUCGACUUUUUCAAACUUAAGAAGCUUGAAGGUGAUAAACCCGAAAUUGAAGAAGCAAAAAAGCAGAAAAUGGAUGUCGAUGUUAAUAAUAUUAAUAUUUUCAAGAGAGAAACUGAAGAAGAAAGAAGGCAGGAAAUAAAUGUCAAAGUGAAUGAUGACAUAGAAAAUAAACGAUGGUGA